AUGUCGUGGCCUCACCGUUCAAACUACUGGGUCAGAGGUCAAGCGAGGUCACCGAAAUCAGCUUCCGGUGGUGAGGAUAUUCGCGGCAAAAAUUCCACGAGUUUGGGAAAAAGAGCAGCAGAGGGGAUAGAAUCCUACACCCCUGUGCAAGCCGUUCACGUCCUCGCAAGAACAGAAGAACGGGAAACAAGUGAGAACGAGACAGAACCAGAAUCCACGGACGCUUCGGAAGAACAUGCAACCGACACAGAGGAACUUGUCCCAACGGAGCGUCCUCUGAAGAAAAUUUUGUUCUGGAAUGACGCCUAUCUCGACAAGCACUUCGGGUUUGGCGAGGGCAGGGACAUCUUCAAGGAGGCGGGUUGCAAAGUGGACGCCUGUUUUGCAACGAGCAACAGGAGGAUGUUCCCCUUGAUGGAGGUGGACGCUGUGCUCUGGCACUCGCGGUCCGGGGAUCUGUCGCUGCCCAGGAUACGGAGUCCCCACACGCGCUACGUAUUGUGGGUCAGGGAGUCGGCUUCCUACCCGGGUUACAUUGCAGAUUUCAGACACGUGUUCAACUGGUCCUAUACGUAUAGACUGGAUUCCGACUUUCUCAAUUCAUACGGCACGGUGAUUCGUCGCGAGGACCCACACGCGUAUCCGACGUACAGGAACCACGCAACCGGGAAAAGAAAACUGGUGGCCUGGUUUGUCUCGAACUGCAGGCCUCCCAGUGGUAGGGAUUUAGUCGCCAAAAAACUACAAGACUGGAUACAGGUGGACGUGUACGGGAAAUGCGGUCCCUUGAAAUGCAGACAGAACGCCCUGUGUAUGCAGAUGCUUGAGAAAAGAUACAAAUUCUACCUGUCGUUCGAGAAUUCUCUUUGCCUCGAUUACGCCACCGAGAAAUUCUUCAAGAUACUGAAACUCGACAUCGUUCCAAUCGUCUACGGAUUGGCCAAUUACUCGGCCAUCGCUCCUCCUCACUCUUUCAUCGACGCCCUCGCCUUCAGGAGCGCCCAGGACCUCGCUCACUACAUUCUUUAUUUGGACAAGAAUGACACCGCUUAUAACGAGUACUUCCGAUGGAAGCCACACUACGACCUACAAGACAGACAGAUCCACACAGCAAACGUUUUCUGUGACAUGUGUGAACGUUUGCACAGCGACAACACGACGAAAACGUUUGAUGCUUUGGAGUGGUUCGUGCAUGACUCCAAGUGCGUGACACGUGACUCCGAGAGGGUGCAGAGUUUUAUCAAUGGAUGA